UGAAUGGUGAUACAUCAUUAGGUUAUUUUGAGGCGGCAUCCAAGCUGAACGUGAGGUUCCUGAUUCGAAAAUCAUGGAAAAGUCAAAACCUCGUCUUCCCAAGAGCAGCGGCACAUCUAGAAAGCCGAGGAAGACAUCGAAGGCUGUUAAAUCCAGUUACUUUUCGUCCGAAGAGGGUAUUUCAAAAAGAGAAAAAGAACAGGGUUUUCAAAGUGGUUUUUUACAAUGUUUAUUUGAAGGCGCGAAAGAGGAGAUGGAGGCUGCUGAGCAGAUUCUGGGUGUAACGAGACGCGAUGGCCAGCGAGCAAGUGACGGGGCGACGAUGAAGUCUGGCACGCCGACCGAUUCUCUCGAUUUGGAUGUCGGAGGCGUAGGCGCAGUGAAGGGCAGGAGUAGGAGGUCUUCUUCUGCCAAUGCGACGCGGUUAACUGGGUCUAGGUUCGUUGACAGCUUGAUUAAGAAAAACGAAAAUGAAAAAAUUCUUACGGAUCGCCUCGACGCUGUACUUCUGGAUCUAGAGGACGAAGAGAACGAGCAGCAAUGGGAAAGUUCUGGACUCGUCUCUAAUUUUCUCCAAUCAACAGGAAAGACUGACGAUGGCGAUGUUUUGCUCCAACUGGUGAAUGAAUUCAAGAGACUAUCCAACGGCAUUAAUGUCAGCGACCGUUGUUACACUGAUAUCACAAAACAGUAUGUGCCUUUCCUGUUCACAGAAAAGGAGAGCGGGGACCCGAAAAUCUCUAGUUGUCCGUUGAAAUACAAGGAUUUGCGUCAGUGGCUGUUUUCUACGCCUGAAGUUGCUCUUUCUAACUUGAUGGAUUAUUCUGUCUUGAUUUAUGUCUCCAAGUUCAAGUCCUGUCCGGCAUUCGUUGUUGAAUGGCUCCUCGGCCAGCUCUGCACUCAGUCGUGUCUCCUUUCGUUGGAGGCUGCCUUUCACACUCUCUCGAGACUACUCCCGACCGCAGUUCAGGGCUCCUCUGAGGGCGUGGCUGCGCACUUCAAUUCCAAGGCCGAACCUGCUCGCCGCCCCAAGAGGAAAUGCUUGACGAGGUGGCACUUCAAAAUGAACCUAGACUAUAUCAGAGCCUGCUUCAGGUACUUUGGUGCGCGCCUGGACGGCUUGGAAAACGCCGCCGACGCGGCGAAUCAAGAGGCGGCAGACGAGUCAACGACAACAAGAAAAAGGUUUUUCGAAGCAGACAGCUCCUUGGCAGCCACUUCCUUGUCCAAAAGUGUAAACAAAAGUGAAUUAGACUCGGGCGACGAAUCUUUGUCUCCCACAAUAGCAAAAGAAAAGCAGUCGAUGUUGAAAAAAGAAGACUUACUUCAAUAUCGUGUUCAGCUUUUUUUUGAUCUAAUAUCUGCUUGUCUAAAGACAAAUGCACUCGACCUCACCUUUGAUGAGUACUUUGUGGUCAUUCCAAUUUUUUACAGAGUCUUGGUCGAUCCAGUUUGCCAGGGGAUACUCGCCUCCGUCCAAUCUUCCAUUUCUUGCAUUCUCGCGAAAUUCCUAGCGCAGAGUCCUCCUCACGGCUACGAGUCGAUGCAACACAGCGAGAUGAAGUUCGAAAUGUGCCGGGCCAUCCUCCGCUCGGUCCCAGAUUCAAACCAAAAUAAGCACGCGGUUUAUUGGCAGUUUGUCUUGCUCACCCCAUGCUUCAAUAAGACCUAUGGCCACUUUCGCGGGCUGCUGGCCUACACCGCUCUGCACGACUUAGUCAACCUCUACACGGGCUACUCUCCCCCCAUCGCAUUCACGGGCAGGGACGCGGACCCCUGCUACAACAUCGACCACAUAACCGCGGAAUUGAGGAGACUAGAACCCGAAAAAAUCGAGCGCUGGGGUACAAUUUGCACAAUCGUACUGCUAUCGGAAAUUGCCGUCUCGAUAUUUGACAGAGAGACCAUCCGUUCCCAAAGAGACCCGCUCUCUCGCUGGAUACAAACCAUCUGCUCCAUAGAUCGGUGCGGGCGAGAAAUCAAAAACGCAUCGCUCGAACUGACUCGCGCGAAGGACCUCAUCGUCGGGGCGACCGUCAAAAUGAAAAUUUUGUUGAACCAACUCAGCCUGGACUGCGAGGACCCGCCCGGGCCCACGGGGGACUAG